UCUUUGCUUUGAUGAGUUGUAUUAAGAAAUGUAUUUCCGAUCUUUGUGUUUUCAUCUGUUCUUUGAUUUCUUAUUCUUAGGAACUAUUCAUUAAUUUAUUGACUUGUGAUGAAGCACUCAAAUGACAAACCUAUUUCUGUCAAACCUAUUCAGGGGAAUAAUACACUUAAAUUAAUCAUCUGUGCUCUAGGUAUUUUUGUGUGUUACUUUUAUUAUGGACUUCUCCAAGAAAAAAUUACUCGUUCUAAGUAUGGAUCAGAUGAUGAAAAGUUUGUUUACCCAAUGAGUUUGGUUCUCUGUCAAUGUAUUGUCAAUGCCAUUUUAGCGCAAAUACUUCUUAGAACGAUCAUGAAACAAGGAAAAGAUACCACGAGAAUAUCUUAUUAUUCAUCCUCCGCGUUGACAUACUUUUCUGCUAUGGUUUUCAGUAACAUGGCCUUGCAGCAUGUCAACUACCCAACACAGGUAGUUGGAAAAUCAUGUAAACCUGUACCUGUAAUGAUUCUUGGCGUAUUGUUCGGAAGAAAACGUUAUCCAGUAGCUAAAUAUUUGUUUGUUAUGACGAUAGUUAUUGGGGUGAUUCUCUUUAUGUACAAGGAUAAACCAUCGAGUUCUACUGUUGCUGACAAACCAUUACUGGGAUGGGGAGAAAUACUUUUGUUAUUAUCACUCACAAUGGAUGGGUUGACUGGUGCUAUUCAAGAAAGGAUGAAAUCAGAACACAAAACUCAAUCAUGUCACAUGAUGUUCAACCUUAAUUUAUGGUCUAUUAUUUUCUCAUUAUCAGCUGUGCUAGUCACUGGAGAAUGGCUUCGUUUCCUUAACUUUAUUCAUAAGUAUCCUUAUGUUACUUAUAACAUCGGCUUAUUUUCAAUUUUGAGUGCAAUCGGUCAAGUUUUUAUUUACCUCACUGUAGCUGACUUCGGACCUUUACCCUGCUCUAUUAUCACAACUGUCAGAAAGUUUUUCACUGUCAUCGCGUCUGUUAUUAUUUAUGGUAAUAUCAUCAUAGGACGACAAUGGAUUGGCGCUGCCUUUGUAUUUAUUGGUCUCGGCUUAGAUAGUUUUUAUGGUAAAUCUGCAGCUAAGAAGAAAUGAUCUUUAUCUCAUUUAAUUGUAACUAGUUUAAAAAUUAAAAUGUAAUGUUUACAUCUUCAACAUACAAAUAUGUAAUUUUAUUUAGAUUUAAAUUUAAAUUUUGUUCACAAAAUUAAUGAAUUGAAUGUAAUAAUGAAAUUGAAAUAAGUCAAAAUACACAAGAAAGAUCAAAAUU